AUGUCGGAAGCAAAAAAGGAGAGACGGCAAUAUAGUGCAGAAUAUAUUAAAUAUGAAUUCAUAGAAAAUUCGACAAAUCCGUCUUUGCCUUUGUGCUUUUUUUGUUCAAAAACAUUUUUAAACGAAGCGGUGAAGACUUCAAGUCUUCAAGAUCAUUUGAAUAAAAUGUAUUCAGAUAAGAACAAAAAUGUAGCCUAUUUUCAAAACCUGGAAAUGCAGCAUAAUGCUCAGCCAAGUGUAUCAAAACUUUUUUCGGUGGCUGUUAAUCAAGACGAUGACGAACUUCGAGCUUCAUACAAUAUCUAUUUGUUAAUUGCUCAAACAGGUAAACCACACACCAACGGAGAAACGUUAAUUUUACCGGCAAUAAAAGAAGUUAUAACUACUGUGCACCAUAAACCGACGGCAGACGUAAAAAUUCCUUUGAGCAAUAAUUCUGUGCAAAGACGAAUUGAUGAAAUGGCUGAAAACAUUGAAGAGUCAUUGUGCAAUCAUCUGAAGACUAGUCAAUUUUCAAUUCAGUUGGAUGAGUCCACUUUACCAACUAAUGAAGCAUUGUUGCUGUCUUUCGUGAGGUUUACUAAAGAUGAAAAAAUAUGUCAAGAACUAUUAUUUGCUAGAAAUUUAGAGACAGAAAGGAGAAACCAUAUUUAA